ACCACCGCGUGGUAAUGAUUGUGCAUGGCAAAGGUCUUGUCAACAGUCUAAUUAACAAUCUCCCGGUGGAAUUGCAUCUACCAGGCUAUCAAUAUUGUGGACCUGGCACAAAAUUGGCCAAACGUCUUGCUCGUGGUGAUCCAGGUAUAAAUCCGCUGGACGCAGCUUGCAAACAGCACGAUAUCGCAUAUUCGAAAAAUCGCGACAAUUUGGAAGCAAGACAUUUGGCGGAUAAAGUUUUGGCUGAACAAGCUUGGAAGCGUGUAACCUCGAAAGACGCGAGUCUCGGUGAAAGAGCAAGUGCUUGGGCUGUGACGAACAUUAUGAAGACUAAGAGGAAAUUUGGAUUGGGUAUGAAACGCCCGAAAAGUGUUUGCCUGAAGAAGAUUAUCGGUGCUGCGAAGAAAGCAAUGAUACGUAGUGAUGAUUCUCGUAAAGUCGUAAUGUCUGCACUGAAAGGUGCGCGAGCUGGUGUAAAGGGCGUUAAAGUACGCACGCCUAGGAUUCUACCUGUUCCUCAAAAAACCGGCGGUUUAUUACCCUUCCUCGUACCCAUCUUUGCCGGUCUUAGCGCUGUUGGAGCAUUGUCGGGUGGCAGUGCUGCAAUAGUCAAAGCUCUCAACAGCGGUCCAGGAAACGUCAGAACUCCGAUCAAUUGCAACAACUACCGAUGCACGGUCGAUAAUUCCAACCAAUGA